AUGGACUAUGUGAAAGAUCUGCAAAGUCUGAUGGAUAUGCUCGGCGAAGAUUCGACUUCGGUCAUAUUUCCAAAUAUCGCAGAUAUCCUUACGAACACGGCAUUCCUGUUUAUUCUGGAGGAGCGGCAGCGUGAACUCGGACUCUAUGUAGACCGAGUAGGAAACCUGUUAGAAACACACUUGCCUCGAUGCGAGUCCAAUGCUGGGAAAGUGUUGCAAUCGCUCAGGGAUACCAACCAAGAGUUGGCCGCUCAACUACGGUGCCUCUGGGAGAACCCUCGGCCAGGAAUCUCUACUUAUCUAGUUACCUUCUGGCACCAAUGCCUAACUCGGUAUCAUCUGCUCAUCCGACAAGUUCUGCAAUAUUCUGACCCACCUGCACCAACGCCCGACCUGUCUUCGGCACUGCAAUUGACGUCGUCUCUUCCCACAGCACAUGCGGAACGGGUGUCAAUAGGGCACAAGCUGGCGUGCGCGGUGCAUAUAUUGGAAGAGGUGAAUGAGACGAUACGAGAUCAGGAGAGUCGGGCGGGGUUUGGUGAGGUGAGCAACCAGCUAAGGAUAGGCAAGGAGCAAUAA